AUGAAAAAAAACCAGGACCACGUUGUCCGCACAACUUCCUCCAAUAGGAAUACUGAAUCGCUCGCUUACGCUGACGCGUCCAUUAAACCACUUGCAGCUGAUUCUUAUGAACAGAACGUGGACAUUGAAGGUGGAACUGAGAUAAACGAAAAGCUCAAAGAAUCCGGAACACACUCUUCUGCUUUGCAAACCAAACCAGCUGUUCUGACCGUCUAUCCCAAAGAAGAAUCGGAUGCUUCUUCCUCAGAUACUUAUCAAAGUGACAAAAUUUCGAGCCAUCAAGAGACUCUUCUCGCGUCUGCUUCUCACAAAGACAAAGACACCAUGCAUGAAGACAAAGAACGAAUCAUGGAAACAAGGCCCGCGUCUGGAAGAAGGCGAAGACAAGCACAACUCAACUUCUCGGUCAAAAAAGGCACGGGUCCGUUAUCAUUAAAAUUGGACCUCACUGAAGUAAAUGACGUAAAGCAGGAUGGAGCAACCCAAACUUCAGCAAGGGAACCCACUGAUCUGGUUGAUGAGAGUGAAGAAAGACUUUCGAAUUUCACACCGACUACGUCUAAGCUUUUCGUCAAAAUCCCCCUAAAACUGCUGUCAAAUUCCACUGGUGGAAACGGGGUCGUGGUGAUGAAGUCCGACGCAUCUGAUACCCAAAGUCAUGGUUCCGUGUCCGAAGUACAGACUUCUAUGAAGAGCAAGAAGAUCACUCUCAAAACAAGGCCGAGGGUCAGCAGAACAACCAUAAUUCAUGAAAAGAGUAAGAUUCUUCGUUCAAACCCGGGUCCCCUUGUUUCCUUGAACUAUGAUCUAUACGACGAUAACUUGAUCAACGCGUCUUUAAACAGAGAUGCUGCCCUCGAAGAACUAGCUUUUGGCUUCCCUGUCAAGCACAAACCGUAUGCUCUUGACAUAACGUACAUCAUCACAUUUCUCAGCAUGUUUGAGGAAUUAAUCCUGAUUGGCCCUUUGGGACCAGCAGACUUUGAGAAAGGACUAGGUCUCGAAAAUGUCUCCGAAGAGGAGUCUGAAAACUCUAUUCAUGAGGUUUCCUCCACCAUGGAUCUCCUCUUUCGAAGAUUACUCGCUCUUGUGCUCAAUCGUAAAAAGCCGAUUGCAAGUGAUGGCCAAAGAUCAGCUUUGCAGGAGCUCAAAUCCAAAUACAUAUCCUUUGGGCUUCCGCUGGAAUGGAGGGAUGACUCUAAAAUCCACAAAACGACCAAGAUAUCAAGUGGUACCCUGGAUGAUGGCCCCGGUGACCCCAGUCUGCAAAAUUCCGAGAAUGAGACAGCCGAAUUCGAAGGUCCUUUGGAGUUUGUAAAUCCAUUCCAUGAGGCUAGCUUCGAAAAAGAUGGAUUCAAAGGGAUCCAAUCUGCGGAUGACCGAUGUAUCAUGAUGCGUUGCAUGGUCACUUGGUGCUUGUCGGAAAGUACAGCAGUCAAACAAUUUUUCGCAAGCGCCUUUGGCCAGCAAGACACCUCAGGAGAGCGAGAUACAUUAUACGGCUCUCGAGCCAUUUUAAAAGGAUUUACACAUGCGCAUGAGUCAAAAAAAGAUCUCGAGCGUAAGUACUCCCGCAAAGGAAAACCCAAGCAAUCGCCUGAAACCACGAAUUUUCCGAAAUAUUUCGAUCCGACUUCAGACCCAUUGAAUCAUCCUCUUAAUUAUCGUCUUAACGAAUUUGUCGUAGGCGACUGUGGAUUUCAUAUCGGAAGAUUUUAUUUGGUGAGAAUGGCAGACCAUGCAAGCGGAAGAACGUCUUCGAUGGAACAAAUGCGAAGCCUGGCAAAAGAUUUAGCUGGAGUUCGCAUGUCAAGUCCCUCUGGAUUUGCAUUGUAUGUCGAAGACGUACAUGCCUUAUUGACAGAAACCUUGGAGGAGUUUGGUGUUGAAUUUGAUGAGGAUGGCAAUGAAGUACAGAACAAGAGAACUGUUGACGAAUCUCAACAUUGGUAUUGCGUUGCCUCGACAUGUGAUGAAUUGGAGAAUUUUCUUGCCCACCUAGGCUCCAAGCUAGGCAUUUCUGAGGGGUCACAAAAAUCUAUGUCACAAAGCAGUGUUAUUUACCACCCCGCGUUGCACAUGUAUCUGUUCUUAACCCUGCUUCUACCAAUGAUGUUUGCAUAUGAGAAAUUGAAAACUGAAUCGGUUGUGAAGAGUAGAGCAUCCCGAAGAAAGCGAGUGGAAUAUGCCACCCAAGCAGUCCCAGAUGACGAUAAUGAAGAAUAUCUCGGUGGGGAGGAUGAUGACUACUCCGAGGAAGAACAGGACGAAGAGUACAUGGACUAG